GAAGAAAAAAGAGAGAGACCCCAAACCAAACAUUAGAGCAACUCAUCCUCCUCCCAGUUCCUCCUGGUUUAAGGGAAGGAGGGAAGAAAGACAGUAACAUUAAAAAAACAACAACAGCAACAAGGUUAGGCGGGAUCCAUCCCACAUACGCAUAGUAUAAUUACAUCGACGGGACAACCAGCACAAGACGACGUCAACGCGAGCCUUUAGAAAACAGGAGGGGGAAUCGAGAAGAGUCAAACUCAAACCCCACCAAGCCUGGAAAUCUUGCAUAACAAAACAAAGAACACCCCUAUCGUUCCCUGCCCACCUCAAAAGAUUAAACUUUUCUUUUAUCUUUUAUUGUUUGGCUGUGAAUCACAAGAUAAAGUUUCGUUUUUUUUUUUUUGAUUGAUUGAUCAGUUUGUCAAGAUGAGCAAACAGCCUCACAAGAACAAACUCCAUUUAGAAGAACAAGAGGAUAGGUCUGCAUUUAUCAAGAUGACAGAUGGAGGUCCAAGGUAUACUGUUGAUGACGCUAUUCUGGCCAUGGGGUUCGGAAAAUUUCAAUACUUUGUGCUUCUCUAUGCUGGCAUGGGCUGGGUUUCAGAAGCCAUGGAGAUGAUGAUUCUGUCAUUUAUAGGGCCAGCAGUUAAGUCUGAUUGGAAUCUUACUUCUCAGCAAGAGAGUCUAAUAACCAGCGUGGUUUUUGCUGGCAUGCUGGUUGGAGCAUAUUCAUGGGGUGUAGUUUCAGACAGAUAUGGAAGAAGGAAAGGUUUCUUGGUUACAGCAAUAAUUACUUCUGGAGCUGGUUUUCUAAGUGCUUUUGCCCCAAAUUAUAUCGCAUUGCUUGUUUUUCGUUGCCUGGUUGGUCUUGGUCUCGGGGGUGGUCCUGUACUCUUUGCUUGGUUUUUAGAGUUUGUACCAGCACCAAACAGAGGAAUGUGGAUGGUGAUUAUCUCAGCAUUCUGGACAUUUGGAGCAAUCUUUGAGGCUUCACUGGCCUGGAUUAUUAUGCCUAGAUUAAAUUGGAGGUGGCUACUGGCGGUAUCUGCUUUGCCUUCAUUCUUUCUCCUUGUAUUUUAUGUCAUGACACCAGAAUCACCUAGGUAUUUCUGUUUGAAAGGCCAAAAAGGUGACGCCCUUAGAGUUUUGGAGAAAAUAGCCAAACAAAAUAGGAAAGAAUUGCCUCUUGGUGCUCUUGCUACCGAUAAUGAGAUUGAGCUACAGGGAAAGAAUAUUCCUAUAGAAGGCAUGGUUUCACUGCCAGCAAGUGGAGAUGGAGAUGUUGCUCCUCUUCAUCCUCCUCCUAAGUGGAAGGAUUCUGACAUGGGGGUCCUAAAAUCUCUGUUAUUGCUUAUUUCACCUAAAUUAGCUAGGUCAACCGUGCUUUUGUGGGUGGUAUUCUUUGGAAAUGCAUUUUCAUACUAUGGCCUUGUGUUGCUGACAACUGAGUUGAACAAUAGGAACAACACGUGCAAUCACACUAAAGCGCAGUCAGAUAAGUCUUCUGAUGUUGAUUACAAAGAAGUCUUCAUCACUAGUUUUGCAGAGUUUCCGGGGCUCAUUGUGUCAGCUCUCAUAGUUGAUAGGAUUGGUCGUAAACUUUCAAUGGCGGCUUUGUUCUUUGUGGCCUGCAUCUUCCUGCUACCACUGGUAGGCCAUCAGUCACCAAGGAUAACAACAAUUCUUCUCUUCGGUGCUCGAAUAUGCAUCACAGGAACCUUCACUAUUGUCUUCAUAUACGCUCCAGAGAUUUACCCAACAUCAGUGAGAUCAACAGGUAUGGGAGUUGCAAGCGCAAUGGGAAGAAUCGGGGGAAUGAUUUGCCCGCUUGUGGCAGUAAGUUUGGUGCAAGGAUGCCAUCAGACAGCAGCACUUGUUCUUUUUGAGUGCGUAAUGUUCGUAGCAGGAUGCUGUGUAAUGCUGUUUCCACAUGAAACCAAGGGUCUUGAAUUGACCGAGAGUGUAUCCAGCACAAAAAAUGAAAAACUAAAGGAUGUGAAGCAACAAGAGCCUUGAUGUCUCAGUCAUCAUGCCACGAGUUAGGUUGAAACUGUCCAUAAUAUUAAAAAGGGACAGACCAUCACUGUAUGUAUAAUCGCUUGUAUUUUCAGGUAGACAGACACUUACAAUCACUGGAUUUUGGAAAGUACGUUGUUUACUCUUUCUGUUUAGCAUGUACUUAGAUGAUUGCCACGUGGUACUCAAGUUAUUUAUUAUUAACAUCAAAGAAAUAUUAAAAAUUAAA